CAUUGAGCACUAAAUCACCAUAUUAUCUCUGUUACUGCUAAUUGUUUUGGUUUCUCUCAGCCAUAGCUUGCAUUACUAAACCUUAAUUUUACAAUUGAUCGUAGAAACAUAUUUUUCUUGCUAGAAAAAAUCUCUCUUUGGCUCGUUUUUACUGUUGAUUUUUUGUUAUGUGAUUAAUUGGACCUUGUUUGAUGUAGAAACCUAGAUUUUUUUGUUACAAUUGGACCUUGUUUGAUGUAGAAAACUGGAUUUUUUGUUACAAUUGGACCUUGUUUGAUAUAGAAACCUAGAUUUCUAGCUAGAAUUUUUUUUUCUUUGGCUCGUUGUUAUCGUUGAUUUUUUGUUAUGUGAUUAAUUUAGGUCUGCCUGUUUAAGCUUUCGAACUAUUUUUUUUAAUUGAAUUUUUGCAGCUCAGAUUGGGGGAAAAAGUGAGAUUGCUUCAACUGUUCAAGGUUUGAAUAAAUUGAAGUGCGAAUGGAGUGUGUGGUUCAGGGAAUUAUUGAGACUCAACAUGUCGAGGCCCUGGAAAUUCUGCUUCAAGGGCUUUGUGGUGUACAUAAACAAAGCUUAAGGAUUCAUGAACUGUGCCUUAAAAGUGUCCCUAACCUAGGCUUAGUAGCAUCAGAAAUACGGCUCUUAUGUGAUCUUGAGCAGCCAGAACCUGCAUGGACUGUUAGGCAUGUUGGUGGUCCAAUGAGAGGUGCUGGUGCUGAACAAAUCUCAGUGUUGGUGAGACCAAUGCAAGAAAGCAAAAUAAGCAAGAAUGCAUUACGCUUAUUUUAUUCACUUGGCUACAAGCUAGACCAUGAGCAGCUGAGAGUUGGUUUUGCAUUUCAUUUCCAAAGAGGUGCCCAGAUAACUGUAACAGUUUCAUCCAUCAACAAGAUGUUGAAACCUCAUGCUAUCGAUGAUGCAGUGCCUGUGACUCCAGGCAUACAGCUAGUUGAAGUGACUGCACCAGCUUCAUCUGAAAAUUACAAUGAAGUUGUUGCAUCUGUAACGUCCUUCUGUGAAUAUCUUGCACCGCUCCUUCAUUUGUCAAAACCCGGUGUCUCAACAGGGGUUGUUCCUACUGCAGCUGCAGCUGCUGCAUCUCUGAUGUCUGAUGGUGGAGGCACAAAGUGAAUGGAAAAAUUACUCAGUACCAUUUCUGUCUUAAAUCUCUGUUGCAGUUAUCAUAGCUGAAGAAUGAGACGUAUUUCGCCAUUCUCCUUCCCAAUAACUUCAAUGUUUGUCCUUCUGUAAUUGACGUUAAAUACCUGAUCAUCGAUAUGCAACGUUGCUCAUUCAUAGAAUAGAGUUAUAAUACCCUUUGUACUGAAUUGCGAAAAACAAAGCACAGCAGUGCUCUCUUUGAUCUAUAAUUGUUUGACUCUUUUCUUGUUUAUGUGUUAUGCUCAAAGCACAUGAGAUGUUUAAGUGAUUA